AUGGAAGAAGUUCUUAGCGGGGGACCGUGGUACAUUGGAGGCCAUAUUGUGGGUUUGGACAGAUGGUCUCCAUCUUUUUCACCGUUAUCGCUAAAAGGCCUAACUGCACCAGUUUGGAUUCGGUUUCCGUUGCUUUCACUACACUGUUGGGAUGAAGUCAAUAUCGCUAAGAUUGCCUCUAGAGUUGGUACCCCAAUGUUUUUAGAUGGGAAUUCUCUUAAUUGGAGCAAGAAGGAAUUUGCUCGCGUUUGUGUGCGAGUUGAUCUUGAAUCCAAACUGCCAUCUAGAAUCUGGGUUGACGGUAUAGGAGGAAGAUUUUUCCAAAAGGUAGAAUAUGAGAAGUUGUCUUCCUUUUGCUUUCACUGUGCCAGAAUCGGACAUUUAAAAGCUGAUUUUUCAGAUCUUGUUUUCAAAUCUGCUGAGCAUAAUGAAGAUUUGAAUGAUAAAGCAAACCAGUCUAUUUCUCACAAUAAUGUUCAGGAAAAUUAUGGUCCGUGGAUCCACAUAAAAUUCAAAAAGAGAUCCAACUUCAAAGCGAAUCAGAUGGGACAAAAUUUUAAGGAAAAGCAAUUCAUUACUAGGAAUAAUAUUCCUGACAAUAUUAAGGACCCAACUGUGAUUAAUACACUGCAUAUUAAUAAUGAUAAAACUUUGAAAGUCAAUAGUUCUGCAGACAACAUCUGUUUAUCGAAUAGCUUCAAUGUGUUGGUUGGAAAAGAAUUGAAUCAGAUAGCUGAUAAUGUUGCAGAUAUUCCCGAUCCUGUUGGGAUUAUUGAUAAACCAGCUUCGCUUGAUGAGAUGGGCGAUCUUUCUUCUUUGGUUUUGAAAGCUUCUCAAGUUAGCCCUCAUAAACAUGUCACACAUGUAGAUGCUGAGGAUAAUCCUAUUGUUCUUUCCAGUGAGUUGAAGACUUCUAAGAUUCAUCUGAACUUGGUUCCAAAGAAUUGUAGAGGGGUGAAGAAGAAGGAGACCGCCCUCUACCUCAAAGAGAUUGUGAAGGACAAUGCUGUUUUCUUUAUAGGUCUUGCUGAAACUAAAUUAUCUCUUAUUGAUAGAAAGAUGGCUGUCGGUUUAGCUGGUGGCAUCCUUGUUUUGUGGAGGAAUAGCUUGGUAUCUUUUACUGUAACGGCCCACUCCUCUCAGGUAGUUUUUGGUGUUUUGAAAACUCCUAUGAAUGUAAAUUGGAAUGUGGCAACAGUGUAUGGUAAUAAAGAGUUACAGGUCCAUCGUGAUCUUUGGAGAAUUCUCGAGCAACUUAUGACAGAGGAAUUACCUAUUAUAGUAGGAGGUGAUUUUAAUUGUCUUCUUUCAAGGGCAGACAAAAGGGGUGGUAACAGAUUUUGUUUGUCCAAAGGCAUCAAGGAGAUGAGACUCUUUAUGGCCAAUCAGGAUCUCCACGAUUUGAACGUGGUCGGCCCAAGAUAUACUUGGUGUAAUAACAAACAGGGAAAUGCCAGAAUCUUGGAACGUCUUGAUCAUUUUCUGUUGAAUUCUGCGGCACUUCUGCUUGUACCAACCGCUACUGUCAAGCAUUUAGCGAGAGUUUCCUCUGACCAAUGCCCGCUUGUUUUCAAAAUUGAUGAUAAGCAACACACUAAAGCCAAGAACUUCAGAUUUGAACAUACUUGGAAAUCUUAUCCUGCCACAAGGAAGAUAGUUGCCGAUGCUUGGGGUAGGCACGACUUUGGCGAAGAAGCUGAUAUCCUUAACAGAAAAAUCAAGAGAACACUUAAAUCGCUCUUUUUCUGGAAUAAGAACAAGUGUAAGAAGUUGGAUUUACUCAAAGAAGAUUUAAAGAAUGACAUUCUCAACCUUCAGUUGCUAGAGGAAGCUGAAGGUGGUCUUAGUACCGAAAAUCUUGCUCUUUUACGGGGGAAGGUUAAGGAACUUAACACCACAUUGCUUAGGCUUUCCAUGUGGUGGAAUCAACAUGCUAAGGCUGUUUGGAAUGAGGAGGGUGACAACAACUCUAGAUUUUAUCACACUUAUGCAUCGGCUAGAAAGAACGGGAAUAUGAUCCAACAGAUUAAAGAUAUAAACAAUGUGAUGGUGGAUGAUGAAGACCUCAUUGAAUAG